AUGGCCUCCCGUCAACCAGCAGGCGCCCGCCCCGGGGCCAAGUUCGCCCAGUUCAAGCUCGUCUUGCUCGGCGAGUCCGCUGUCGGAAAGAGUUCGCUGGUGUUGCGAUUCGUUAAGGACCAAUUCGAUGAUUACCGCGAGUCAACUAUCGGCGCCGCUUUCCUAACACAAACCAUCUCCCUCGACGAGAGCACCACCGUCAAGUUUGAAAUCUGGGACACUGCUGGCCAGGAGAGAUAUAAGUCGCUGGCUCCCAUGUACUAUCGAAAUGCCAACUGUGCUGUUGUGGUUUAUGACAUCACCCAAGCUGUACGUCUGACUUGUAUAAUCCCAUUCAAAUCACGAUCGCUGACCGUCAUCUACCUGCUCCAGUCUUCGCUGGACAAGGCCAAGUCCUGGGUGAAGGAGCUCCAGCGUCAAGCUAACGAGAACAUUGUGAUUGCGCUGGCAGGCAAUAAGCUCGAUCUUGUUACCGAGAGUCCUGAUAAGCGGGCUAUUCCGACCGCAGAUGCUGAAGCCUACGCCCGAGAGGCUGGUCUCCUCUUUUUCGAAACUUCCGCGAAGUCAUCGACGAACGUCACUGAAUUGUUCACAGCCAUCGCAAAGAAGCUGCCUCUCGAUCAGGCUGGUCCCCGGAACCUGCGUGGGGCGGCCCCUCGACCUGGUGUCGACCUGCGGCCCGAGGCCCCUGGCACUCAGGGUGCCGGUGCUUGCAACUGCUAA